CCGGCCGGCGCCUGGCUGGAGGGCGCUCAAGAGCCCGGCGCGGCUGGCCCGGCGGCCGGAGGAGGAGGAAGACGGGCCGGAGGAGGAAGUGGUCAGUGGCCGACGGGCGCGAGCUAGCUGGCGAUGGUGCCGCUGCGGCUGCUGCUGUGGAGUGCGCGCUGGGCGAUCCUCGGGUCCGCCGACUCUGCGCUCUGGGGUGUCAAGUCAAUAAAAGGAAGCUGCCACAAUUUUUGUACUGCUGUUUCUGAAGAUGUCACUUACGAGGAACUUAAAAACCGGUUGAAUUCCAAAAGCAUUAUGUUAAUUGAUGUUAGAGAGAAAUGGGAAAUUCUUGAGUAUGGAAAAAUCCCCGGGUCUGUCAAUAUACCAUUGGCUGAGGUAAGUGAAGCUCUCCAGAUGAACCCAAAAGCCUUCCACGAGAAGUACAACGAAGCAAAGCCGUCCAGAUCGGACAGGCUAGUGUUUUCGUGUGUAGCUGGAGUGAGAAGCAAGAAGGCUCUGGACACAGCAAUAUCUCUGGGCUUUAGCAGUGCUCAACACUAUGCUGGAGGAUGGAAGGAAUGGGCAACCUAUGAAUGUUCAGAGAAGAAAGAAAGAAAUUGAAUUUUGGAAUACAAGCUGGCUCCUUCCUUGUGUACAUGCAGCCUAUUAUAGUGGAAUGAGCAAAAGAAUAAAAAUCUAGCCCUGGCACCUAGCAUUGGCUACUGGGAAGGGGAUUGUGUAUAAGUCGAUUAAUUGUUGAAUCUUUUUCUCAACUGUAGAUUUCUCCCUGCCUACUUCCAAAGGCUAUUGAGGAUUGAAAUAAUGUAUGUGACUUGCCAUGGAAAUAUAAGGGCUGAUAUUCUAAUUUUUAAAUAGUUUAGUAUAGUUCAAUAGUAUUCCAAAAGACCAGGUUGCUUGUAUUACCUAAUCAUAACGUGUGACCAUUUGUAUUAGGACAGCUUCUAUUCAUCGAAGAGCUACCAGUAGAUUAACAGACUUGACCUUAAAACACCAAGAAUCUGGGAUCCAGAAAAGUAGGUGAAAUAUGAACAAUGAAAAUACAUUAACAGCAUCCAAAGACUUAUGGUAGUGUUGUGACCAGAAGGGGAGUGAUAUAAUUUGCAAUUUUAAAAACUAAUAUGAUGUAUGGGGGUAGAAAUCAGAACAGUGGUUGCUUCUGUGGAGGGAAGGAAAUUAACUGGAAAAGGCAAGAAGUAAAUUUCUAGGGUGAUGGAAAUGCUCUAUAUGUUGACUGAGGUAUUAGUACAUAGGUAUAUACAUUUAUCAAAAUUCAUUGAACACAAAAAUAUACAUUUUUCUAUAAUUUAUCUCAAUUAAAGAACAAUUAAAAUAGAAAAAAAGUUAAAUGUAAAUGACUCCCACUAGCAUGAAUAUAUUUCCUUGUAAUGUUAAGUCCUACACUUGUUAGUGCACUGAUGGUAAAACAAAUCUGUGCUUUCUUCCGUCUGCCUCUUCAGACCCAUCUGAUUUUAGUGUCACUUAACGUUAGUUGUUCGGAUCAUAUAAGGCCUAGCAAGUAACUACAAGGACUUGAUUUGUCCUAAGUGAUAUAUUAAGCCACUGGAGAAUUUGGCAUAGGGACGUGAUGGGAUCAUCUUGAACUCCCAUUUCUGAUAAUGUCAGUCUAGUUUCUAGCAGAGCAAACUCCCUACAAGAACUAGAAAAGCUGGAAAAUAUACACACAUAUUACACACACACACACUUUUCAAUGUUGGUUCAUCCUCUGAGGCUUUCCUCCUCCCUGAGACCAUGGCUCUUCAAAUCCUUGCUGCCUGAGUAAUUCUGUCAUGCCUUUAAGCAGAUUUUGUUUAUAUAUUUAUAUAAACAAGGAUUACCAGGGCAAAUAUACUAAGGCAGUGAGGAUUUGAGGAGCUACAAUCUCACAGAGAUGGAAACUGUAGAGAGUGGGCCCACACCGAAGUACUAGGCCCAUCAAGGAACAGCAGCCUGGGUAAGGAGCCUGGGUAAACACACCAGGCUUUUAGUUGGACCCCCUGAAAAGCUAUACUCUGAGUAGAGGUGAACCAGAAAUUGACCAACCCUUAUAAACAUAUAAGACCAGCUUUGAAUCAACUAAACGUCUGAAUGAAUUAAGGUGAUCUUUCUCACACUCUGAGGGCCUACCAGAAGUACAUCAUUUCUUGGAGAAAGAUCCCAUUAUCUAGCUAGAGCAGGGGUUGGCAAUAGUAAAUACUUGAGGUUUGUGGGCCAUAAGGUCUCUGUUGCAACUACUCAACUCUACUACUGUUGCACAAACGCAGCCAGAGACAACAUGUGAACAAAUGAAUGGUGGCUGCGUUCCAAUAAAACCAUUUAUGGCCACUUAGGUUUAAAUUUUAUGUAAGUUUCAUGUGUUGCAAAAUAUCCUUUUAUUUUUCAACCAUUUAAAAAUAUAGCAAACAUUCAUAGCUGAAAGGCCAGGCAAAAACAGUGGUAGGCAGGAUUUGGCCCAUGGGGCAUGGUUUGCAGAACUCUGAGCCACAGCCACAAAUUAUCCCUACAGUUUUUCAUAUAUAAUGUUCAGAAUUCUAUAAAAAAUCACUAGAAAUAGCAGUAAAUGGGACCUCAUUACUGAAAAAUAAGAGAAUAAAGAAAACACAAUAGAAGCAGAUCCACAGAUCUACAUAUUGGAGUUUUCAGACAUAGUUUAAAAUAAUUUUGAUUUAUAUAUUCAAUAACUUAGAUGACAAAGUGGAAAAAUUUAUUAGAGGAAUAGAAACUACCAAAACGUAUCAAAUAGAAUUUCUAAAAUUUAAAAAUACAAUAACCAGAGGCUGGCCUGGUGGCAUGGUGGUUGGGUGUGCACGCUCUGCUUCAUUGGCCCAGGGUUCACAGGUUUGGAUCCCAGGCACAGACCUAUACACUGCUCAUCAGGCCAUGCUGUGGCAGCGUCCCACAAAGACUGGCACAGAUUUAGCUCAGGGCCAAUCUUCCUCACCAAAACCAAAAAACAAACAAACAAAAACAAUAACUGAAAUUAACCUAGUAGACGGUAGAUGGGUUUAAGAGCAGAUUAGACACAGCUGAUGAGAAGGAUUAAUAAAAACAAAAAAACUGAGGUGCACAUAUUAACAUGGAUAACUCACAAUGUCUAGAGAAAAAAAUUACAGAAACAUAUAUGGUACGACAUGCAAAAUAAUUCAGUUUAUUUAUAUAUGUACAUAUAUAGUAUAAGAGUACAUAUUUAUGUACAUUACACUAUAAAUAAAUUAUGAGAAUAAUAAA